UAUGGAUUAUGAACUCGGUGAGGCCCGUGAACAGAGAGAAAAGAGAUAGUACUAGAUAGCAGAGGUAGAGAUAGAGACAGCGAAGAGGAGAGGAGGAAGUUGAAACCAACUCGACCGAUUGAUCGAUUCAGAUUUCCAACUGGAACCUGACUCUGCUACGAUUACGAACUGACCAAAGAGACCAGAUUUACCACGUAGAGGCCUGAUAGACCGGCCGCCGUACCUGAAGAUCUCAACAAACCAUGCGUUGAGUUGAAGGGGCAAGAGAUUAGUAGUACCCAGAAGCUAGCUCUUAUACCAUUAUUGGAAUCUCUUUUUUUAGCUUCCACCAGAUUCCAUCUCUCUUUCUUUUUUUUCUUUACCCGUCGUCUUCGUCGUCAACGACAUCAACCGGUCCAUAGUACACACGCAAGCUGGUAGGGAGAAUACUUGCAGCACGAUACUCCUAGAUAGUAGUAUAUAGCUAGGCACUCUCUUGCGUCUUGAAUUCAUCCUGUAUAGGAGAGAAGAGAGGAAAGCAGGGGGAAGCAGAGCCCGUAGCGUCCCUGUCACGGAUAAAUCGCGAUGGCGCCAAGGCAGUUUCUAGUGCUGCUCGCCGCGGCUGUCUUCUCCGUCGCCGCGCCCUCCAACGCCGCUGGCACGCCGGACGGGUCGGAGGAGUGGGGCUAUGUCCAAGUCCGACCCAAGGCGCACAUGUUCUGGUGGCUCUACCACAGCUCGCAGCGCGUGGACAACGGCACCACGCCAUGGCCGACCGUGCUCUGGCUGCAGGGCGGACCGGGCGCGUCGGGCGUCGGGUACGGCAACUUCAUGGAGAUCGGGCCGCUGGACGGCGACCUCAAGCCCCGCGCCACCACAUGGCUUGCCAAGGCCGACCUCCUCUUCGUGGACAACCCGGUGGGCACGGGGUUCAGCUUCGUGGAGGGCGGCGACAAGAGCCUGAUGGCGCACACCGACGACGAGGCGGCGCACGACCUCACGGCGCUGCUCUGCACCCUGUACCACGACAACGCACGCCUGCGCGGGAGCCCGCUCUACAUCGUCGCCGAGUCUUACGGCGGCAAGUUCGCCGUCACUACCGCGCUCGCCGCGCUCAAGGCCAUCGACCAAGGAAAACUCCACGCCAACCUCGCCGGGGUGGCCCUUGGAGAUAGCUGGAUCUCACCCUUGGACUUCGUGUUGUCGUGGGGGCCAUUGCUGUACCAAGUGUCCCGGAUCGACGAGAACGGCCUGCAACAAUGCAACAGUGUGGCGACGAAGAUCAAGGAGCAGCUGCAGAAGCAGCAGUACACGGACGCCGAGGCGUCGUGGUCCGACCUCGAGGGCGUCGUCCUCGCCAACUCCAACUCCGUCAACUUCUACAACUUGCUCAAGGACGACGCGCCGGGGGACGCCACCACCACCAUCACGACGCAGCGCGAGAGGUCGCUGGCAUCGUUCAGGAAGAAGAACGGUUACUCCGGCUACCUGAGCUCCAAGGCGGCUUCAGCUUCAGCGAGAGAGGGCGGCUUCGACGGCCUCAUGAACACCGUCAUCAAGGACAAGCUCGGAAUCAUCCCCAAGAAUCUCACGUGGGGAGAACAGUCAGGCGAUGUUUUUGAAGCUCUCGCAGGAGACUUCAUGAAGCCCAGGAUACACGAGGUUGAUCAACUCCUGAACCUUGGUCUCAAUGUUACCAUCUACAACGGACAGCUUGACCUGAUCUGCGCGACCAAAGGCACAAUGGAUUGGGUUCAGAAACUCGAGUGGGAUGGCCUGAAGAAGUUCACGAGCUCACCCAGAACGCCCAUAUACUGCAGCAAGGAAGGGAAAACCGGCACCCAGGCCUUCGUCAAGUCCUACAAGAACCUCAAAUUCUACUGGAUUCUCGGAGCAGGGCACAUGAUAUCACAAUAGGUAAUGGUCAAAAGGCAAAAUUCUGGGACUCAAAUUGGCUGCACGGUCAAGCCCCAAAGGACAUGGCACCAAACCUCUUUCUCAUCGCCACAAGAAAGCACCGGAGUGUAGCACAUGAACUACAAAAUGGAAAUUGGAUUGGCUCUAUAAGAAACAUCACUACCUCCAGACAACUAAAUGAGUUCAUCGUUCUAUGGGUGAAAAUCCAUGAUGUGGUCCUGCAGCCGAAUGCGCCAGACAAUAUCAUUUGGAAGUGGACACCAGACAACAUCUACAACACGAGAUCAAUCUACUUGGUCCAAUUCCAUGGCUCCUUCUGCCGAUUCAAUGCCAGUCUGAUUUGGAAGGCAAAGGUUCAAAACAAAUGCAAAUUCUUUACUUUGUUAUUUGUGCAGCACAAGCUCAACACUUUGAAUAACCUGGCGAGAAAGAAUUGGCCACACAAUAACCUGUGCCUUCUAUGUGAUCAGGCAUAAGAAUCUACACUACAUCUUGGUUUGCAGUGCGUGUUUUCAAGAGAGGUUUGGGAGUAUGUGGUACGCUGGUCACGAAAAUAGGAGUUAGCCGAAUGCUGUUGCAGAACUAUGAUACUGUCAAGGAUUGGUGGGAGGAAACAAUGGCAUCAAUCGCUAAAUAUGAUAA